GUACGUGCGUGUUAAACCGGUGUUUUAUUUAACUCGAGUUUUUCGCUUCAUAGUUCGGUGAAAGAUUUUGUGCAUGGACAGCUAUAUGUGAUUAAAAUGAACUUUAAUAUAUCAUAUAUUUUUAUUGAUACAUGACAUACUAUACGGUGUUUUGAAUAGUUAAAUAACUUCGAUCGAAGCAAUGGUUAACAUGAAGAGAUCUAAGAAAGUGCCCCGGCGGCAUUUCAAAAGACACUCCGUCGUCCCCUGCCAGAAUGGUUGGACGACUUCGAAUCCCUGGGUGGAGCAAGUUAUUAAUCCAGCUAAUCGAAAACUCCCAAGCCGCAAACUGUUUACAUUGAACAAAGAUAUAUCUGAUUUAAAUAAUAUUAAAAAAUUGCAUGCUUCCUUAAGUUCACGUGGUAUUUACUCUGCCGUUCCAACAGUAACCAUUCGUCGCGAACCGUUUCAUUUGGGUAUUAUAGAAAAUUUUCUCUCCGAUAAAAGCAGUUUGCAGUAUUUAUAUAAAGACAUACAAACCUUAAAAUGGAAUUCCAAAAAAAUGGAUCUAUAUGAAUUGUCUCAAUCACCUGAUCUGUCCACAGUAACAUCAAAAUACUUGCAUGGUUUUUUUAAUUUUUUGCAGACUGAUGUGCUUAAAUGGAUGAGCGAUGUCACUGGUUUGAAAUUUACGAAAGUAUCUGCUACAUGUUCCAUGUAUAAUGCAACCAAUUAUUUGCUUCCUCAUGAUGACCUGUUGGAAGACAGGUUGAUAGCCUUUAUUUUUUACAUUUGCCCAUGGCGAUUGUCAUCUGACGAUUAUAAUCAAAAAGUCUUGGAAGCUGGAUGGAGCACGAAGAUGGGUGGAAAUUUAAAAUUAUUCACUGUUAACAAAUAUAAGGAACCAGUUUAUCCGGCUAUUGAUAAAAUUUGCCCGAAAAACAAUCACUUUGUUUUUUUUAAGGUUUGCCCAGAAUCUUAUCAUGAAGUUGAGGAAGUUUAUACUGAUGAUUAUUCCAGGUUAUCAAUAAAUGGGUGGUUUCAUGGACCUAGAUUUAAAAUUACUGAAGAGCUUGAAACUAAUAAGGUGAGAAAGCACGAGACAUUUUCAUAUGAGAUCAAAAAUGAGGUUUGUUUAUUAGAUGAUUAUAUAAAAAGUGACUAUUUAACUGAAACGUCUAAAAAAAAAAUUAAUACUCAAAUUGAAGAAAAUUCUGAGAUAGGACUUGCUCAAUUUUUUAAUGAGAACGUCUAUGAUGACUUGUUAAACUCAAUGAUUUCAGUUAUGAAAUGGGAAAGAGUUGGCCCUGUUAAUAAACGAAAUUAUGAGAUAUGCUUUGUAAACAAGUUAUAUAACUUAUUUUAUUCUGAUUCUUUCAUAUCUUUAUUGAAAGAUUUUACGGAUUUAGAUUUGCCAGUUGGAGACAAUGCCCUGAAAAAAUCGUUAAUAAAUUUAGAAAUUCAAAGAUGGACUGCAGGAUGUUAUACUUUAUUAAGUGACAAAUCAGAAUAUGACUGUGAUGAAUUGGAUGUUAUAAUGUAUUUUAAUUCUUCAGGAAAAACAGGUAUUGGUGCUAUAACUUAUUUAGAUCCAAAUGAAGCAGAAGGCAAUGAGCUACUAACAAUAUUUCCUAAAAAUAAUAUGCUGAAUAUUGUAUAUAGAACUAGUGGAACAAAUAGAUUCACUAAGUAUGUUAACCGUAAAAUGAUCGAUCCCUCGAAGUUUUCCCACUGGGUCGGUGGUAAGAACUUUGAUCUUUCAACCAGGAGGCUCCACUUUCGAUGCCCACCUUGGACCGCUGGAUGUCAAGCAGUACUCAUACAGUGCUGUUCUAAAGUUUUGCGCAAAGCUGCGGAUCUGUCGAACAGGUUUUCCAAGGUUUUCCAACAUGGCCGACAGGGUGACAGAUGGAAAUACCGAAGAAGACUGGCGGAUAUUCGAUUUGUUAUGCAAAGACCAAGCCCUUGGAGAGGAACGGGAAUCGCACCACUGUCCCGUGGAAGAGGAGGUCACUUUGUUAAGGGAGGAACUCGCGGGCGCAGAGUACAACAGGGACCGACUACAAAACGAGAAAUGAGAGGAAAUAUGUGUGCGCGCGAACAGCGCAUGACGGAGUUGCAACUAGAGUUGGAUCGACUCCGGGAGCAGAGCUGCAGGCAAAGUGCCGCCCUCAGCUCCACCAGACAAAGGCUUCAAGAUGCUGAAGCCAGGGAGAGGGCUCUUCAAGUUAGAUCGGAAAUGGCACAACAAACCUUGCAAAGAGAGCUACGCCAGCUGGAAGAUCGAGUGCGCUGUCUGGAGAAACGAAAUAGAUGUUUAGAAAACCAAUUGACUGAAGAAGAGCGCUGCAGGGACUGUACGAAAUUGCAGAAUGAUGAUUUUAUGCGUCGACUAGCGAUGGCACUAGAUAUAGAUGAACGAUGUGACACUGCAACUCCAGAUGCGUUACUUCAGAAAGCGGGUGAUGUAGUUCAAGAGUUAUCGCGAUUGAAGUGCAAGUAUAACAGUACUGCUGAUGCUCUCGCGACGUGCGAAGCCGAUGCACGUGCCAUGCGAGAUGGUCUUCAGCGGGCUGCUGCGGAGCGCGAGGGUCUGGUCAGGCAGAACGGAUGCAGGGAAAUAGAGGCGACCAGGCUCAGGGAAUCGCUCGAUGCCAAAAUACACGAACUGCAAGCAUCGAAGGAACGAUUGAACGACAGCGAAGCACAUGCUGAAACACUUAGAACUGAUCUUCAAACAGUGGAAGAACGACUAAGUCGUCUCCAAGUCGAACACCAAAGUCUACUUCAAUGCAUUUGGCAGGGAUUGGGAGGUCGCGGCGAGUGGAAAGAAUGCGCUAUCAAGGAUCGAAUACGUGAAAUUAUGACACAAAAUCAAGAGCUGACAAUGCAAGCAGAAUCUUGUCGCGAAAAAUUAUCAAUGGAGCAUUCUCGUGCUUGUGAUCUGCAGGAAAAUGCAGCAUGCAGGGAGCGCGCUCACGAGGCAAAAGUUAUUCAAUUGCAGGGAGAAAUUGAUUUACUCCGAAGGGAACAUGUCACGUUGCACAGCUACUUGCAGCGGUUGUCAAUCUCGCUGGCGUACGCUGCUCCACCGCGGGUCGAAGAAAAUGCACCGUGUUUGUCCGAACAACUUCUGCAAAGAGCUGAACAUCUGGUCCGUGUUGAAGCUGAAAAGCAUUGUUGCGAUAAGACGACAGUAGUUAAUAAUUUGCAGAAACGAAUAAGAAUAUUGAAGGAUCAACUGCAAAGAAAAGAGCUACAUGUAGAUCUUCUGAAGAAAAAGCUUCAACUACAAGAGGAAAAUCAUCGUAGCAGAUGUUUAUUACAAUCAGACACAUUGUCUGGUGUAAGAGAUUACAUGGCACGUUGUUUUGGUUUAUUUGUUCUUCUGUUGGGUGAGAUAAAGAAUGAACGAGAUGAAGCAAUUGCUCGUGCAAAACGUAGUGCUAGAAAUGCAGAAAAAGCUGCGGCACAAUUAGCUGAUGCCAACAAUCAAAUCCGAUGUCUCAAUCAGCAGCUGAGUGAAGCAGCAGAUAUGAAGAUAUGUCUAUUAGAACGUUCACGAAAAGUUGAGGAACUGCAACAACGCCUAUCCGAAUGCGAAAAUCAAAAGAUCAAGCAGGCAAGACAGCACAGCGCGACGAAGGAACACAGCAGACAAAAUGAACAGUGUCUUCGUGAAGAAGCUCAACGGCUAAGGGCUUCACUCUCAGAUAAUUCGCAUGCCCUUAGUCUUCUGCAAUCCUUCCGCGGAUCAGUUGCCCGUUUGCUCGCAAUACCCAGCUCUCAUACAGAUUCCGAAAUUAUAUGCCGUCUGCAGAAGAUGGUCACUGCCAAAGAUGUCCAUCAUCAUAUGGCUCACAGGAGAUUAGAUGAUACUCCACUGCCUCCACGCGCCUGUCUACGUCCCCUGAGUCCUCCACAUAGCCCAUUGGGAAGAACAACCCGUUCACCAGAAAGAACAUUUCGAUUCGACGAUCACUGCUAUGAAUACGAUGACUUCAAGGACUGCUAA